UGGGCGGGGCUGGCGGAAGCCGGGCAGCGAGGGGCCCGCGAGUGUCGGCGCCGCGUCUCUCCCCCGCAGUGAUGGCGGCGGCGAUGAUGGCGGCGGCGGCAGAGCAGGACCCGUCGAAGGGCGGCGGGCGGAACCGCGGCGGUGUGCAGCGCGUGGAGGGCAAGCUGCGCGCCAGGAUGUUUUGCUUUGGUCUUGUUUGCAGGUAUAUGUCGCAAGGAAAACAUGCAGAAGCAAGAGAACUAAUGUAUUCAGGGGCAUUGUUGUUCUUCAGUCACAGCCAACAAAACAGUGCUGCUGAUCUGUCCAUGCUGGUUUUAGAGUCCCUGGAAAAAUCAGACACAAAAGUAACAGAUGAACUACUAGAAAACUUGGCUAAAUUGUUUAGUUUGAUGGAUCCAAAUUCCCCUGAAAGAGUGGCUUUUGUAUCCAGAGCACUGAAAUGGUCCAGCGGUGGGUCAGGAAAACUCGGUCACCCAAAAUUACAUCAGUUACUAGCCAUCACAUUGUGGAAAGAGCAAAACUAUUGUGAAUCCCGGUAUCACUUCUUGCACUCCUCAGAUGGCGAAGGUUGUGCUAAUAUGCUAGUAGAAUAUUCCUCAUCCCGGGGAUAUCGCAGCGAGGUGGACAUGUUUGUAGCUCAGGCAGUCUUGCAAUUUCUCUGCUUAAAGAAUAAGACCAGUGCAUCAGUGGUUUUUACAACAUAUACACAGAAACAUCCUUCGAUAGAAAAGGGGCCACCAUUUGUACAGCCAUUACUAAAUUUCAUCUGGUUUCUGUUACUAGCUGUUGAUGGAGGAAAACUAACAGUAUUUACAGUAUUGUGUGAACAGUAUCAACCCUCACUGAAAAGAGAUCCCAUGUAUAAUGAGUAUCUAGAUAGAAUAGGACAGCUUUUCUUUGGAGUUCCUCCCAAGCAAACAUCAUCCUAUGGAGGAUUACUAGGAAAUCUUUUAAACAGUCUGAUGGGAACUGGAGAAGAGGAUGAAGCAGAAGAUGGUCAAGAAGACAGCAGUCCUAUUGAACUUGAUUGAUUUUUUUUU